AUGUCGGCCGGCGUUUCAGGUACAGACGUGGUGGUGGCCGGGGAGGGUGACCGGGCGGCCCCAAAGCCGCGGAAGAAGCGCUCGCGGGCGGCCUUUUCCCACGCGCAGGUCUUCGAGCUGGAGCGGCGCUUCAACCACCAGCGCUACCUCUCGGGGCCCGAGCGCGCCGACCUGGCCGCCUCGCUCAAGCUCACCGAGACCCAGGUGAAGAUCUGGUUCCAGAACCGCCGCUACAAGACCAAGAGGCGCCAGAUGGCCGCGGACCUGCUGGCCUCGGCCCCGGCCGCCAAGAAGGUGGCGGUGAAAGUGCUGGUGCGGGACGAUCAGAGACAGUAUCACCCGGGAGAGGUGCUGCGGCCGCCCUCGCUGCUUUCCCUGCAGCCUUCCUACUACUACCCCUACUACUGCCUGCCCGGCUGGGCCCUCUCCACUUGCACCGCAGCCGCGGGGACUCAAUGAGACUGGCCCGCGGGCCGCCAGGAAACUGACCAACCUCCCUUCUCCCCCAUCCCAAGCAACCCCGAGUCCCAGCUGCAGGACUGAAUGCACCGGACAGUAUUUAUUAUUAUUUUAUUUGAUUAUUUUUAUUAUUAUUGUUAUUUGGGUAAUUUCCCUUCCUCCCUUUCCAAAUUGUGACUUUGGUAAACUCCCCUCCUCCCCACUUCAAGCCGAGGACUCUUGUAAUUCGGCACAACUAGUUCAUGGUAUCCAUGUGGUUACUCUCUCCGUGUAGACUCCUUUGUUGUUUCGCUGUAUUGUUGCACCGGAUUGAUAGAGACCCGAAUCUGGUGUGAAAGAAACGAAAAAGAAGCCCAGGUCAGAACAGAAGAUCAAGACUCCCCCUUGGACUGAAAGGAAGAUUGUUUUUCUGUUUGUUGGAGUCCUUGGUCUCCCACAUUGUUGCAAACGGUGUGUGCCUUGUAUGGUGCUGAAUGUAAAGAAGCCUCUUUCAGAUGUCCCAUGCUCUUGUUGCCCAUGUUAUUCCUGUUCUCCAUGGUCCAUGGCAAAGGACAAAUGUAUCCCAAAAGGGUGAGAUGUGUAUCAAUAAGCCAGACCUCUUUUCUCCCUCCGAUCUUUCCUUGGUGGGGGCUAAUGGGAGGGAGACGUGACGCGUUUUUAGCACUUUCCAGUUGUAUUAAAGUUAUUAUUUUUUAUAUUCAAUGUGAAUAUUUCUAGUCAGGCUUUUU